UCUCAUAUCGCAAGCCCGAACCCGAAACCCACAAAGCGUGCGUGCAGACCGGCAAAUCACACGUGCCGAAGCACGCCAUCCAGAAUCAUUCGCGUUCCGCGGCAUAUCCCGCCACGUGCAAGAGGCAUGGUUUUCAUAAGAGCAAAACGGGUUACGGAUCCUUUAAACGAGAAGGUCCGCGCCCGGAUCCGCGGAGAUGACGGUCACUACGACACGAGCAGCAGCAGCGGCAGCGACCACGAAGGGACCUCCUUCUUCUCCGACCUCGUCAACGAGUUCCUCGAGAGCGACGACAACGCGCCACCAGACGACGCCGGCUCCGCCGAGGACGAGUCACCGGAAUCACAAGCUGCUGAAGUGGCGGAGAUGGUGAAGGAGUUGCUCCGUUCGUCGGAUAGGCUCCGACGGAGGGUGAUCUCUGACGUUUGUGAUGCCGCUAAGGUGUUUGAUGGAAUGCCAGCGGUGUUGUAUAGGAGAGCGGUGAUGGGGAGGUUGAGGGAGUUGGGGUAUAAUGCUGGGGUUUGCACGGCGAGGUGGGAGAGCUCCGGUGGGCUCACGGCGGGGAGCUAUGAGUAUGUGGAUGUGGUGGUGGGGGAGAAGGUGAGGUACAUAGUGGAUCUGGAUUUUAAGGCGGAGUUUGAGAUUGCGAGGGCGACGGUGGAGUAUGAGGAUGUGGUGAGGCAGUUGCCGAAGGUGAUGGUGGCGGUGCCGGAGGAGCUCCGGCGACUGGUGAAAAUGGUGGCUGAGGCUGGGAGAAGGUCGAUGAAGAGUAAGGGUUUGCAUGUGCCACCGUGGAGGAAGGGGAGGUACGUUGUGGCUAAGUGGUUGGGGCCGUACCGACGAACGGUGAACGCCGGAGGUUUUAGGUACGGCGCCGGCGAGGUUAAGAGCCGUGCUGUUGGGUUUCUCGCCGGUGAUGGUGAUAGGGUUGUCAAGGUGGUGGUGUGAUCACGCUCAGUUUGUUUGUUGUGGAUAAG